GUGUUCACCGCAGCGCACACACCACUCAAGUCAUGUGAUGACAGCGGCUGCCUAGCUGUUCUGUUAGUCUUGGGUUGGUCAUCAUGUUGCUGGUUUUAAGUGACGAACACCGCGAACAUCUGCGGAUCCUCACACAAGUGGAGAGCUCAGUGGUUGGAGAGUUUGGCAGAAUUGCUAUUGAAUUUUUACGGAAGGGAUCCAAUCCAAAAGUAUAUGAAAGUGCUGCAAGGAAGUUAGAGGUCAGUGGUAGCACCAUUCAGCAGGCUGUAGAGGGUCUCACAUACCUUCUUACAGAGAGCUCCAAGCUAAUGGUCUCAGAAAUUGAUUUUCAAGAUUCUGUGCUUGUUUUGGGAUUCCCAGAAGAACUGAAUAAAAUUCUCCUCCAGCUGUAUCUUGAUAACAGGAAAGAGAUCCGCCAAAUUCUCAGUGAGCUGGAACCAGAUGUACCACAUUACCACAACCUGGAGUGGCGACUGGACGUUCAGCUUGCAAGCAGAAGUCUAAGGCAUCAAGUAAAACCCACCAUGACAAUGAAACUUCACCUGAAGCAGAACGACGAUGUCAACACCAGUGUAUUACAGACAGACCCCGCCACGCUGAUCCAUAUCAUCCAGGAACUGGAGCAAGCUCUCGCAGAGAUGAAGACAAACCACUGUCGUAGAAUUGUGCGCAACAUUAAAUAAACAGUUUGGCAUUUCAGGCCUUAUGCUCAGAUGUCCGAAGAUAAAACUGUUCUUGUUGCCCAGGAUAACCAAUCAGGAUCUCUUUCAUGCGUCUUGUGUAUUAUGGGACAGCUAUAAUGUCAGUAAAUGCAGUGGGCUAUAAGAACAGUUCAAUAACAUUGAUCGUGAGGCCUGUUGUCAUUUUUAUAAAGUAGCAAAUGUACAGAAAGCGUAACAAUAAUUGUCUCUAUAAAGCACUUGGGAAGUGUACAGUUACAUUUCAAACACAGUGUUUAGACUGUGAUAUUGUUGGGGUAGAGCUGUCAUUACCAUUCCCAGCUGAUAAGACAGACAGCCUCAUAGAAGUCACUCAUGUUCUUCAUUGCUAUUGAUCCAUGUGCCAUAAAUGUGUUUCUUUUUUACAUUACUGCAGACUUGUAAAUAGAUAUCUUUGUCAUGGCUUAUAAAUCUAU